GCCGGGCAGGGGCGGCGGGCCGCCAGCAGUGCGCCAUGCAGCAGCACGGCGGGCGCAGGCCUGCUCCGCGCCGCGCCGCCCUCCGCACAGGACCUUGUCUGCUGCUGUGGCUGGUCCUGGCCCUCGGCCUGGACACCAGCCUCGCCGGCGGGCAUGUCUUCACCAACUCGUUCCUCGUCCGGCUAAACGGCGACCUGGGCAACGAAGUCGCCCACCGGGUCGCCCAGAGGAACGGAUUCGACAACCUGGGGCCGGGAAAUCCCUAGCGACCGGUCCGUGCUGCUCAAGAUCAACACGAACGCGUGCGCCGGCUCCGACACGGAGGUGCGAUACCUGGAGCACGUGCAGGCCGUCAUCUCGCUCAACGCGACCCGCCGCGGCGACGUGGAGCUCUUCCUCACCUCGCCCAUGGGCACGCGCUCCAUGAUCCUCAGCAAGCGCGUCAACGACGACGACCACCGGGACGGCUUCACCAAGUGGCCCUUCAUGACGACGCACACGUGGGGCGAGUACCCCCACGGCACGUGGCUGCUCGAGGUGAGCUUCAACUCGCAGAAGCCGCAGGCCGGCUUCAUCCGGGAGUGGACGCUGAUGCUGCACGGCACCCGGGACCCACCCUACGUCGGCCUGCCCGUCUCGGACCCGCACUCCAAGCUGGCCAUCGUCAAGAAGGCCCACGAGGAGCGCAAGGCGUGAGGCGCAGGCUUCGCCGUCAGCCCCGGGACCCGCCGGCGCCCCGGCCUUGUGCGUCGCGGCGCCUCCACCACGCCCCGCCGUCGGCGCCGCGACGCAGACGGACGGAAGACGCUCGAAUCCGGGGGGCGCACACAGAUUACUUUAUUUCUAAAUGGUGGGGUACCCUUUUCAAGGCACUUUAGUUGAGCUCAGGGUUGACAACAGAGGCGUUUUGGUGGGAGGGAAAGCCGUGAUAGACGUUCCCCUCGAUGAUUCGAAUUUAUCCAGAUCGGGCUUCUAUCUGAAAGCGUCGGAUACUCUUAUGUGAAUGAACCUUCAACUCAAUUAGAAUGGCGCGAAAAGUGUGCCGCAUGCUCUAAAAAUGACGCAAUUUAUGUACAGCCCCCCUGCGGUCCGCGCCGCCGCCCGCUUCGCACGCCGCCGAACAAUGUGUACCUUUGUAAAUGUUGACGUGGACUGUACCACGCGUAUCCGCCGCUUUUGCAAAACACUUGCCCCGAGCGCCGCGUCGUGCGAAUAGCGAGUGUCGGGGCGACGACACACUACAAAUAACCAUUAACCAUUAAUCGCCAGCCGCCCCUCGGGGAGGCAGCCCGACCCGCGACCCGCGUGGGUUCGGCUGUUUCCCUCGAGGUAGAAACCCUAUGAUUUCCCUUUCAAGUCCACCGACUGGCGCCCUGCAGCAGGCCUGCGUACCGCCCAGUCGACUUAGAGGCUCUAGCGUUAGGAGAGGCGACUCUCGGGAGCCAGCUGUGGCGGCCAUCGUGGCGGCUCGAAUGGGGCCGUUCAACGCACGCGUACACAGACCAAUUAGUAGUGAAAAGGACUCUGGGGAAGGGAUGGUGUCGGGUGCCAGAAUGGACAACAAGCGAGUCUCUCGAAGCCUUAUGGUCAGCACACUCACACACAGCUGCUUCAGUUUUAGGUUGGCCCUACCUCAUCGACAUAUCAGAAUCCCGCUUUUGCACUGUUCAAAGACAGAUAAUCUCUACGUAGGGUAGUGUAUUUUUGGAAAAGAAGAUCGAAAUGAACAAACUUGAGGGGUUAGCGUGAUGGGACCUUCCCAAAACGCAACCACCUCUGCCGUUAAACGGACUGUGCUAAAUAAGAUCACAUUUUUUUUCUGGAAGGACCCAAAUCGAAGUUAAUUUUCUCUGAACUACUGUAAGCGAAAAUAUUUUCUCGCAUUCUUCCCACGUACACUAUCUCUAAUAACUAUUCUAAUCAAAAUAGCUGUUUUGCUAAAAAACAAAAGGGAUUUCUACGCAAAACUAGUGCUUCCUUCUUCAUAUUUCAAGUUAUUACAGCACAACUGCGGUUAGUGGUUUUUAUUUUCUGUUUUUUCAUGUAGGAUAGAGGUUAGUGUCUCUGUUCUCCGUUCCUUACGGCAAUGACGUUGCCAAGCAUUAAUUCCGGGUGGAAACCGAAAUGUGAUACAUUUGAAAAUCUAGUGAGACAGAUAUCUGCGCUGCAUAUUCUGUUACGUUUCGUUUUAGUGUUGAAACAAACUCAUUGUGAAAGCUAAUUAGUGUAUAUUGUUGAGUGCUCCUUCCCAUAACUUGGGAAAAUGUAUACCACGCACAAGUGGCUUCAAGGACAAAGAAGAAUGAUGUUGCUCUGUAUUAGCAGCACUUGACACUGUUUUUCUUUUAGUUUGUAAGAUGGAAGUAUGACUGUCGGUACGAAUAUGUGAGGAGGUAAAUUUAUUUUGGUUGAAGCUUUUACUAUGGUACGUUUCAAAGAUUGUGAAAAACGUCUUUCCAUAAUAAUUUGGUGCGACGUUUAGAUUUGGCGCGCUGCAAACGGACUCACAAUCUUUGGUUGAGGUGGUCUGAAUCUUCAUUAUCGCUACAU